UUCUCAAUAUAUAUAUAUAUAUAUAUAUAUAUAUAUAAAAGAAGAGGAAAGAUUUGCUAUAAUCUUCUGUUUUUAUAAAUCAAUUCAGUCUAAAAUCUCACUACAAACCCAUCCUUUUGUACGAAUCUCGAGAGCUCGAGUGGUGGUGGCGUCCAUGGCGAUUGCAGCGGCAGCUGUCAUCGUCCCAUUGGGUCUUCUCUUCUUCAUCUCCGGCCUUGUUGUCAAUCUCAUUCAGGCAGUAUGCUAUGUUCUCAUCCGGCCGCUGUCCAAGAACACGUAUAGAAAGAUCAAUCGGGUGGUGGCAGAGUUGUUGUGGCUGGAACUCGUAUGGCUUGUUGAUUGGUGGGCGGGAGUUAAGAUUAAAGUUUUUGCAGAUCAUGAAAGCUUCAAUUUAAUGGGUAAGGAACAUGCCCUUGUUUUAGCCAAUCACAGAAGUGAUAUUGAUUGGUUAGUUGGAUGGGUUUUGGCUCAGCGAUCAGGUUGUCUUGGCAGUGCAUUAGCUGUGAUGAAGAAAUCAUCAAAAUUCCUUCCGGUCAUAGGUUGGUCAAUGUGGUUUUCUGAGUAUUUGUUUUUGGAACGAAGCUGGGCCAAGGAUGAAAACACGUUAAAGGCAGGCCUUCAACGUUUAAAGGACUUCCCACAACCCUUUUGGUUGGCACUUUUUGUUGAAGGAACUCGCUUUACACAAGCAAAGCUUCUAGCUGCUCAAGAAUAUGCAACCUCACAAGGAUUGCCUAUACCCAGAAAUGUUUUAAUUCCUCGUACAAAGGGUUUUGUUUCAGCUGUAAGUCAUAUGCGUUCAUUUGUCCCAGCCAUUUAUGAUAUGACAGUGGCUAUUCCAAAAACCUCACCUUCACCUACAAUGGUUAGACUUUUCAAGGGGCAAUCUUCUGUGGUGCAUGUACACCUCAAGCGGCGUCUCAUGAAGGAACUGCCUGCAACAGACGAGGCUGUUGCACAAUGGUGUAAAGAUCUGUUUGUGGAGAAGGACAAGUUGUUGGACAAACAUAUAGCUGAGGACUCUUUCAGUGACCAACCAUUGCAGGAUCUUGGUCGGCCAAUUAAGUCUCUUUUGGUUGUUAUCUCUUGGGCAUGUCUUGUGGCUUAUGGGGCUCUCAAGUUCCUGCAAUGGUCUUCCCUUUUAUCCUCAUGGAAGGGCAUUGCAUUGUCAGCAUUUGGCUUGGCCAUUGUUACCUUCCUCAUGCAAAUCUUGAUUCUCUUCUCUCAGUCAGAGCGUUCAACUCCUGCCAAGGUUGCACCAGGGAAGCCCAAGAAUGACGGGGAGAGUUCAGAGUUGGAGGCAAGACGGGACAAACAGCAGUAGAUCGAGCUUCCUCCCAAGAUAUCCGUAUGGCUGGAACCUCAUCUACAGUCAUUUCCAUAAACCUAAAAUAUAUAGUCUGUAUCACUUCCACUCAACUCUAGACUUCUCUCAAGCAUCUCUUUGGGUCAUCAGGUGACACUAAUCUGUAUGCAGUAUCAAUUCUUUGUUUUUCUGGUAAAUUAUGGUAAUUUUGUACAUACAGUUACAAUGGCUGUAGCAGCAAUGUUUACAUUAGGCUAGUCCCAGUCUCACGUUUUGAGAUCUCUUUAGUGGAUAUAGCAGUGUUUGAAUGUUGAAACGUUUUAAAAACAUGUACAUAUGCCUUAAUUGUUGUCUGCCGUUUUCUUCAAUAAAAGCUUUCAUUUUCAUUUCCUGAUAUUUGGCAAGCGAGACUGAAAAGUAUGUUGGUAGAAGCUCGGCUAAAACAAACUUUUGGGAUCUAUUAUUUACACAACCAAAAUUUAGGACCCCAUCUUGUAUUUUUAUCAAUUAAGGACCAAAAAUUUCAAUUCUGGAUUUUGCAUUUUAUUUU